CCACAGAAUGAGAAAAUCCUCCAAGGAGGAGCGCUGGAUAACGUCUACAGGCUGGCACAAUUUCACAUUCACUGGGGAUCCUGUGAGGGCCAAGGGUCCGAGCACACCGUGGAUGGUGUGAAGUAUGAUGCAGAGCUCCAUAUUGUUCACUGGAAUGUAAAAUAUGGUAAAUUUGCUGAAGCUGUGAAGCAUCCUGAUGGUCUGGCUGUGGUAGGCAUCUUCAUGAAGGUGGGAAAUGCCAAGCCUGAAAUACAGAAAGUUGUGGAUGCUCUGAACUCCAUUCAAACCAAGGGAACGCAAGCUUCCUGCACAAACUUUGACCCCACUGGACUGCUUCCUGCAUGCAGAGACUACUGGACAUACCCUGGUUCACUGACCACUCCUCCACUGCUGGAGUGUGUGAUAUGGCACGUUCUGAAGGAGCCCAUCACCGUUAGCCCUGAGCAGAUGUGUAAAAUCCGUGGCCUUUGCUUCAAUGCUGAGAAUGAGCCUGUGUGCCAUAUGGUGGACAACUGGCGCCCAUGUCAGCCUUUGAAGAGCAGGGAAGUCAGAGCUUCCUUCCAGUAACCUCAGCGCUGAGUGUGUUAGAAAUGGCUGUGUUUGUGAGGAGCCCUUUUUGCUAAGCCCAAAUCAAACCUUUGCCAUGUGUGCUCUGGCAGCAUCUUUUCUCCCAAAUCCAUUCUUUCUUUCGCUCUGCAUCUGAAAUGCCAGCUAAUAAAAUGUGAAAGGCUCUUGGCCAAAUAGGAAAGGGUUCUUAAGGUGUGGGGUUGGGAAAGCAUGGUGGGGGGUGGCUGUGUGUGUUUUGGUGACUAUUGCUGCGACUGACACUUUGGUGUAACAACCAGUAUGUUGGCUAGUUAGGGGAGGAUAUGGUGGUAGUAGCAAAAUAAGCCAUUUUAAGAAACCUCAUCCUCUGGUGUGAUAGUACACAUAACUAACGAUAACUUGAAGCUUUGUGAAAAGCACAGGAAUACAGAAUCUAGGUAUAAUUUAGGAAAAAAGUAUUUUGAGAAAGUAAAGCAAAAUAAAUAUUGAGAAUUAGACUUACUAGAUUUUAAGAAACUGACAUGUAAAUAUUUUUUCAGACCAUUUUACAUUUUUACCCAUGCUAUCAACAACCUUGAUUGUCUUAAUGGUAGUGUUGGAUUUUUUUAAUUAAAAAUGUCUUAAAUUAAGUAUUAAGUUUAAAAGUUGUUAUUACCAUAGAAGUAAUACAAAAUAUCUUUUCACUGAAAUAAUAUAUGCUCUAAUUUAAGGAGGCAAAUAAUAUUGUAUUUUAGAUAACUUCUCUAAUAAAUCUAUACUU